AUGGAUACUUACAAUAUUAUUAGUUUAUUAUUAGUUGGAUUUAUUUGGGGUGGUACAAAUCCAUUAAUUAAAAGAGGAAGUGAAGGUGUUUCAAAAGUCAAAAAAGAUAAUUUCCUAUCACAAAUUAUUUAUGAAUUUGUUUAUUUAUGGACUAGACCAAGUUAUACGAUUCCAAUGUUGAUCAAUUUAAGUGGUUCAGUGGUUUUCUUUUAUACACUUAGUAAAGUUGAUAUUUCAUUAGUUGUUCCAAUCUCAAAUUCCCUUACCUUUCUAUUUACUUCAUUAAUGGGUAUGCUUUUAGGUGAAAAAGUAUUACAUUUUAAAUCUUAUCUUGGUAUGAUAUUUGUUCUUGCUGGUGUAACAAUCUGUGUAUCAAGUAAAUUUUAA